ACUAUGUGUGCCGAGAAUAAUGGAUAAAGCACGCAAAAGAGUUAUAUUUCAUAAAAAAUACUAACUUUGCUGUCUUUCUUCUUUUUGGUUAUUGGUAUUAUCUCGUAUUGAACUUGUGUUUUGGCAAUAGAGUUAUCUCAUCUUCAACUAAGAACCGUGAAAAAAGGUCAGCACUAGGCAUUUUCGACAGACAGUGGGAUUUGAUUCCCCGUUUGGCUUCUUUUUUAUCAAUUAAAAAGUAUUUAUGUUGCUGCUAAGAUUGCUAGCUAAUUAUCAAAACAAGGGAAAAGCACGAACAAAGGUCAAAACUGUGCUGUCUUUUGUGUCUGUGUGUAUAUAUCGUUCUUAUUGGUUGCAUGGUUGGUGAAGAAAACAAGUUUUCAAACCAUGGAUGGCAGAAAUAAAACCAGAGCAAGGAGAAAGGGUGUUCCUUUUCCUUCAAACAUUACUGCAACUCGUUGCCUUGUUUCCACAAGGAUUAAUAGUUCAAAGCGUGUCGGGGAACACACAUUUAUCUGCAGUGGUUGCAGACGCGAAUUUAUAUUAGCUAAAAUUCCAAAUGCAUACCGCUGCUACAAUUGUGAAAGAGUAAGCAGUUCAUCUUCUUCGGUUUCUGAGCAAUCAACCAAAGACCUUGGAUCUUUCAAACGUGAUCAUCAACCGAAUAGUUAUAACAGUAACACAAACGGAACUUUACAGAGAAGAUUAUCUCCUUCACCUAGUGUUUCCUUCUCCUUCUCCUCGCCAACUCACAAACGAGCAGUUAUAUGUGGAGUUUCAUACGGGAAAAGGAAAUUCAAGCUCCAAGGAACCAUCAACGAUGUCAAGAACAUGAAAAGUCUAUUGCUGGAUAUAUUUAAAUUCCCAAAUGAGUGCAUACGUGUCCUCUCAGAAGAAAAGAACGACCCGAAUUUAAUGCCAACAAAAAAGAACAUACUGGAUUCCUUAAACUGGCUAGUGAGUGACUGCAAGUCAGAGGGGUCAUUGGUGUUCUACUUCUCCGGACAUGGUCUGCAACAACCGGAACAACAGAAAGGAGAUGAAACUGAUGGGCUUGAUGAAACUAUUUGUCCUGUUGAUUUUCUGAGAGAGGGAAUGAUCACUGACAAUGAAAUAAAUUCUAUCAUUGUUCGACCACUCAAGGAAGGUGUAAAACUUCAUGCUAUUAUUGAUGCUUGUCAUAGUGGAACAGCUCUUGAUCUUGUGUACAUGUGGAAAAAGGAAAAAGGCAUUUGGCAAUGUAAGGAAAACAGAUCAUCUCAUAGCAAAGAAAAACAAACAAAUGGUGGAGUUGCUAUUUGCCUCAGUGCUUGUGACGAUGCUCAGGUGGCUGCUGAUACCGCAGCCUUUGAAGACAAGUAUAAUGGUAUUAUGACCUAUUUCUUCUCUAAAAUAAUCAGAGCUCAUCCUCAAAUAACAUAUGGCAGUUUACUGGAAAAGAUACAUGAGGAACUUGGACAGAUCCACCAAAGCAGAUUCUCUAACAGAUUCUUACAACGAAUUUUUCAUCGGAAAAUAGACCAGGAUCCUAUCUUAUCAUCAUCUAAAAGUUUUGAUAUUGGUACAACAUUUACUUUGUGAGCACUUAUGUUGGAAGACAGUUCUCUCAUUUGUUAAUUGGUUGUUGAGGUCAGGACAAGAUAUUAAGGGCUAUUCAUCAUAGCUGUCUCAUGACAGAAGAUAUCAUUCAUGGUGAAAUAUGAUUCUACUGAUACAAUAAAAUCUGUACUGACCGUGUUACAGAGAUGGAAUUGUUCGCAUCUAGAACAGAAAAAGAAGAUAAAACCUAGGACUUUAGGUUUGUUUCACUCUAUCAAUUUAUACCUAAAGUGUAACAGUGACUUCCAAUAACAGAGCUUUACUUCUAAAAGAAAUAAUAUUAUCAAGUUUUCAU